GUGGAGCCAAACCUGCUUGGACACAUUUAGUAAAUAAAUAGACACGGAGCACAAUUCAGUUCAUGAACGAGUCAUAUCGAUCAUGUAACGGUGUCUGAGGAAACUAGAAGUAUUGUGUGUAUUCAUGGUUAACAUGAGUCAAACGACUCCUUGGAUACUUCCACAAAAUGAAGGGCUUUUACCUUGUCGAGCCGAUCGUAGCCCUCUAUGCCUUUGCUGCCUUUCUGGUCUACCCUUUGAUACAGCAGUAUGUGUAUAGGCGACUCUGGCAGGAGUUGACCAACACCACCUAUCCACAUGACAACAACACAUCUCGAUGUUCGCAUAAUGACACCAGUAACCAUUCAGCCGACCAUGCGGAGGUGCAGAGGCAGGCUUCUCUCUUCUCCCUCUACACAGAGCUCUUCUCCACCGUACCGUCUCUGGUGGUCACCCUCAUCCUGGUGGCCUACAGCGACCAGAGAGGACGCAAGGUCACCAUCGUCAUGCCUCUGAUCGGCGGCCUCAUCUACAGCCUGUCCUUCCUGACCGUGUCCUACUUUGAGCUCAACAUCUACCUGCUGAUCGGAGCCUCCAUCCUCUCCUCUCUGUUCGGCAGCGUGGGAGCACUAUUGGGCGGUUGCUUCGCGUACAUCGCCGACAUGUGUGACGACGGCAGGCGGAAAACGCUGCGCAUAGCCGGCAUCGACAUGGUGAUCGGUCUGUUGUCGGGCGCCGCCGCUCUCUCCACGGGGUACUUCCUGCGAGCAGUGGGCUUCAACGUGCCCAUCCUCACGGCGGCUCUGUUCCAGGGACUCACGCUGCUUUACGCCGUGUUCCUCCUGGAGGAAUCGGUGAAACGCACGCCGGCCGGCUACGCCGAGCCCCCCGACGGCGGCCCCCCAGCCCCCCCUCGCUGCGCGGCGAUGAGGCGGAUGUUCUUCGGGAUCUAUCGGAUGUUCGCGGCUCUCAGCCGCAGGGACAACGCUCGCCUGGUGCUGCUCAUUCUGAUCCUCGCCACCUUCAACUUCGCCUACAUAGGGGGGGUGUCCUCCGUCACCCUCUAUGAGCUCAACGAGCCGCUGUGCUGGGACGAGAUCCUCAUCGGCUACGGCACCGCGUUGUCCACCACGGUGUUCGUGGGGAGCUUCCUGGGCGUGAUGGCGUUGACGUACUGCGGCGUUCCCCAGCUGGUGAUCGUGGUCGUCGGCCUGCUCUCCGUCAUCUCUGGCUUGACCCUGUUGUCCUUUGCCAAGACCACUCUGGUCAUGUUUCUCGUGAGGAUACCCCUGCUCCUAGCUAUCAUGCCUUUCCCUGUCCUGCGUACCAUGAUGUCAAAGAUUGUCUCCACAUCCGAGCAAGGAGCUCUGUUUGGAUGCGUAGGCUUCAUGGAGAGUCUGAGUUCCAACGUAGCCUCAGCCGUCUUCAGUAGCAUCUACGCCAUCACGGUUGGUUGGUGGCCAGGCUUCAGCUUCCUGCUGGCUGCAGGCCUCUGUCUCAUCCCCGGUGUCCUCAUAGGAGUGGUGGCCCUGCUGAAGGCGGACCCGGCCCAGGAGGGAGAGGGGACUGAAGGGUUGGUCGCAGCGGAGGUGGAGCCAGGCGUGGAUGGCGCUCUACGCUCUUGAGCUGUGCUACGGCCUCGCAACGGGACCCUCGGUAGCACACACACACUGCCGCCUUAAGUUCUCAGGAAGUCAGGGUUCUCUGUUCACGGAAAUGGACAAUAACAGGAGAGCUUUGACGCUGCCCGCACAAAAUGUAGCUCGAAAACAUUCUUGAGUUUUUUUUUUUUUAUAUAUAUCAUGAUUUUGGGAUACAUUAGUUUCAGAUCCUUGUUUUGAAAGAUGCUUUUACCAAAGGAUCCUCGCUUUUUAAAGCGUCACAGCAAUAAAGUUGUGUGGAUGAAUGCAUGCAAUGGAUAGAUUUGUCUACGCAGAUCACGGAUUGACAGAUGCCCUCACAUAUAAUAGGUGAGUAAGAUACAGAAUACAAAUUGUAGAUGAUGAGUUAAGGGGCCACUAGGCGUUACAUGUUGAAGUGUUUAUACAUAUAUAUGUAUAAUAUAUAUGUGUAGAUGUAAGUAUGUGUGUGUAUACUACUGGUAUGCCAGAAAACAGUACACACUAUAGUAUGUGGUAUGCAGGUUUGGAUGCAGCCCACAUGUCUGGGAGUGUAGGAGGUGUCUGGUGGACUGUACCAACUACUAAAAUGGAGUUGCUCGAUCCAUCGUACAUCUGAGUGGGACUCUACCACAUGUGAUCUCACGAAGGGAUAUGUUUUGAAAUGAGGUAGAACAAAUUAAUUCAUCAAUGUUUCAAUUAAUUACUAAAUUACAAAAGUAGUACACUUGAUAAUGUAAACCAAAACAUUAUAUUUCCCCUGGGUGUGUUUGUAUUCAUGACUGCAACUACAUCAUAUUUAAGCAUAGCACAUAGUAACAUAUAAAGGGAAAUUGAGACCAAUCUCAGGAAAGGAAUGGGGUAAAACCCCAGGUCGAAAACUAAAAAAGCACAUUUGUGUUGGAAAUUUGCCUCUUGUUACAUAUAUAUGCAUUUUAUGUAAAUCUGUUUUUAUAAAUAUAUUGAUUGCUAUAGAAUUUAAAUAAAAAUGUAUGAACUAUAACGUUGCAAUAAGAACUGGAAACCUUUUGGUUGAACUGGAAUUAGACUUUUUUUCUGUGUCUGAAAGUUGUGAAAUGGUCCAAUUUUAAAUGUGAUCUUUACACCUGUGUUUGUUAGACAUCGCCUUUCAAGUAAGAACACAAUUUAAAGUCACAAGUUAUGCGUCAAUGGCCAGUCUAUUUGCAAUAGGUAUAUGUCACUUCAAUAUUGACCGCCAGAUGUCACUGUUGGUUAAGGCUUUACAUUUUCACAACGGCACUUCUCUUGUGGGUUGCGACGUUCCCAAAGUUGCAGCAAUACUAAUUCUGGAUGACACAAGGACCAUUUCAGUGGGGUCCAAAACCCCGCCCAUUAACUUGGCUCGUAUAAUGUUUGUAGUAUCAAAGUUUCAACAAAUUGCGAACAAGAUUCCCCCCCUCAAUUUUUUUUAAUGUUUAUACAGUUAUAACAAUAUGGUAACGACAAAUGGAUUACAGUGAUGAUAGUUGCAGGCGUUGUCAACAGUAGGAUGCUUUAAAUUCUCCUUAUUAUAAAAGGUCAAAGUCCUUCAACCAGACACUAUUACGUUAGAACAUUAAACCAGUAAAUACUAUGCAUGCAUCAAGGAACAGUUGAGCAAGUGUUUGAACUAAGGUUAACUCCAAUCGAUCUGUAGUUCCAUGGUCUUCUUAGGGGAGGUAGGCCCAUCCCACAAUUUACCCUAAGAAUCCACUAGGGUAAACAACAUAAUUUAGUGGAGGAAGCGAACAUAGACUAAUCCUACCUCUCAAUAACUUCACAGGAAGCGCUAUGUUUGACAUUCAUUUUGCAUUGCUUUAGUAACAAUGAAUGGUAUAACAAUAUCAGGGGACUUAAUUGGCUUGUUUUCAUCUUACUAAAUGAGUAUAGGCUUCUUUGCUUCAUAGGGUGUUCAGAAUAUACAAACACUCCUCCCUGUGAUAAUAUAACAAUAACAAUAACAAUUAUAUAUAAUAAUAACAAUUGUUAUUAUUAUAUUAUUAUUAUUAUAUUGUUGUGACAGUGGGGAACAAAAAUAAUGUCAAUAAGAGUAUUGAGGAAGUAAAAAUGAUGGUUCAAGUAAAAAUGAUGGUCCGCCACUUGUAUCAGACUCAAUUUUACACCAUGCAUGUUCACCAGCAGUGCGAAUGCCCUACGAUUGUUUGAGGGAUUUCCUAAACUGAAUGUGUGUAUCUAUCACACUAUGUUUAACUUGAAAUCUAAAAGUGUCAAAGUGUGUCCCAAUCCUUUUUCAGUUCUGCAAAUGGAUAUAAUAAAACAUUCAACAAUAGCGUUUUUUUUUUUUUUAUAUCACAAAAGUCUGUACUGGCUUCUAGUUUCCUUUACAUCAGCAUAUCUACCAUGGGUUGGGAACCAAGUUGGGCCCUGACCCAUUGGUGGACGGUGGCAGCCUGACAAUGAGUGUGUGUUUGUUUCAACAGACACAAUUAAAUAGUAUUUGUGUCCACAGACAAAAAAGAUUGAAGAACCCCUAAUUUAAAGGAAUGGGAGGCCAUUUUGGCCAGCUGUUUUAUGCAUCAAUGCACACGCGGCUUUCUACCUGAAAGUGGCUUCACCUUCCAUUCCAGUCCUUUUGCUGCUUUUCUACAUUUAACUUACACUACUUGCACUAUUCGAUUCCGAGUAACUCUUUUUGAGUAUUGAUGCAUAACACAUUAGUUCUUUCUCUAUAAUAAAAGUGUCAUGCUGUGUCAUUGCACCACCCGGUCACACUCCAGCAAAACCCUUGCAUUUUCACAAAGCCUUUCUUGUUUUGUCUUUUAGGUGCUAUUUUUUUAAUAUAAAUUACACAAUGUUAAAGGUAUAUCUAAGGUAUUAUCAACGGCCCACCUGUAUCCUGUAGCCUCUUAGAUCCCUUUUCAUGAAGGCAUGUGGUCAAUGAUUUUAUAGUUACUAUUUAAUAUGAUGUGUAGUAUUUCAAAGGCACGUUAUUUUUCCUUAUUUAUCACUCUUUACCCAAAAAGUUCAAAGGUUGUUUUGCCACUAGCCCUUUGAUAAAUGUUCAGAAAUCCACAUUAUGAAACUAGGUCAAUCGUUUAUGAACUAAUUAUUUUACAUUACAAACAAUGUAUCUUUAUUAUCCCCGAGGGGCAAUUUGAUGCACACCCAGCAGUGGAAAAAAAAGCAGCAAACUCAUAACGUCUACUAUACUCAACGAAGUUCGGUUAUUUUACAGCCCACUAUGUUAUUGUGUUAUAUUAACAAUACAUAUGUUUAGUGAGAGCUUAUAAGCAGGUAUUCAUGAACUCAAGAUUGGAUUUGCGGUGAGCCACCCAACCCUAUCACCCGCAGUGAAGAAGUUUUAAACUGGCCGUAACGAGUCGCCAUCAUUGCGUAAUUACGUAUUGGUUGGUUUCAUUGAUGCUUCCAUUCAAACUUUUAAUUUACCAAGGGUUGCGUUUCCAGAUAUUUCAUCUACAUAAUGAUAUGUAACUUCCAGUGGGCGCUUGUCAUGCGAUUUCCGUUUAGAGUCCCCUACCAUGGAUGUCUACCAUAGGAAGGUCCCUCCCUCACAGUUAAAACAUCUCCAUCGCUGCAAUGUUACUGUAAUCUACCAAUUGCACACCGCAUGGGCUCGGCGACGGGUGCAGGCAUAGCCUGAAUUCACCGGUAUGUCUGUGGAUGAAAAGUUACACAUUAGGCAUCAGUUUGGGUGGCUGUGCUUGCUCUGCGUCUGUGGAAGUAGCGCUGCAUAGCGUCUGACUGCCGG